UGGAGCUGGAAGAAUACUCCUUCUUCAUCUGCGGAUGUGACACGGUUACAAAUAACAAGUAAAUGGCAGGGGGUGGUGAAACACGUCAUGGUCUGUUGAGGCAGUACUGACUAUAUKUAAUACAAAUUAUUUUCUUCUUAGUUUCGCGUUGUUUACCUCCAUUUAGGAAGCACUAUGGUCGAGCAGUCGGAUCGCGCACCACUGCUGGACUGGGAAGAGAUUUCACCAGCCGAACUGACCCAGGCGGUUCCCUCACCAGCAAAAGAACAUGGAUGGGAAUCGAGCCCGCCAGACGGCUGUUCUCAGGGCAUCACCGCGCCUGGCAUAGGCUGGAGCACCAGAUAUGGGGGUCGAGCAACUGUAACCGCUGUUCCCAGUUUGAACGGGAUCCCUAGCCCUGACUACACUGGUCCACGGGAUGUCCCCAGUCCCAUCAAUGCCGACCCUGGAAUAUCUCUGAAWGAACGAGUGGGAUGGGAGGAAAAGGACCAAAUAGUGUCUGUGUUUGUGGUAACCUUUGACACAAGAUCCGGUAACAUGGUGGAAUGGUGCUUACCCCAAGAUGUGAAUCUUGACGGAGUGGAAUUCAAGUCAAUGGCCAGCGGCUCACACAGAAUCAGCAACGACUUCAUAUAUUUCCGUAAAGGCUGCUAUUUUGGGCUGGCGUGUUUUGCUAACAUGCCUGUUGAGAGUGAGUUGGAGAGAGGGGCACGGAUGAAGUCUGUGGGUAUUCUGUCUCCCUCCUACACCCUCUUAUAUCACUACAUGCACUUCCUGGAGAACCAGGUUAGACACCAGCUGCAGUGCCCUGGCUCGUACUCUCCUCUGGAGGCCUUCUAUGAGGAUAAAAAAGCUGUGCUGCACCCAGCAGGGAACGGACUGGUCACUGCCUGUCCAACCAGCUACUGGGUCCCAGCCAUCAACCGCUGCAUGCACCCAGAGAUGAAGAUCACCCACCCGGCCGGCUGCAUGUCCCAGUUCAUCCGCUUCUUUGGGGAGCAGAUCCUGGUGCUGUGGAAGUUUGCCCUGCUCCGAAAACGCAUCCUCAUGUUUUCCCCACCGCCUGUUGGUGUUGUGUGCUACAGGGUGUACUGUUGUUGCUGCCUGUCCAACGUCUCUAUACCUGGGAUAGGUGUGUCUGUGCCUGAGCUCCGCCCCUUCUUCUACYUCAARGUGGCAGACAUCGCUGCCCUGGCGACAGAGAUGUCAUAUGUGGCCUGCACCACCGAGAAGAUAUUUGAGGAGAAGAAGGAGCUGUAUGACGUAUACGUUGAUAACCAGAAUGUGAAGACACACAGAGAUAGCAUGCAGCCACUGCUCCGGCUGAACGGGGCCGACCGGGAGAAGUAUAGGAAACUGAGCGAACAAAGGCAAAUGCUACAUUACACUCAGGAGGUGGAUGGAGACUGCACAUCAAAUGAGGAGGACCUCUUUAUCCUGUUUUUCAUGGAGCAGAAUAACCGUAUCUUCCAGACUCUAUCGGAGGUGGAGGCGAGUGCGGACCACACCCUGACGGCAGAGCACGUGAGAGCCAUGGGACUGGACCCCCAGGCAGACCGCACAUUCCUGGAAGACCUGCUGGAGGUCUAUGGCAUUGACGUUAUGCUGGUCAUCGAUAACCCCUGCUGCCCCUGAGCUCUGGCUGUGGCCUGUUCUCUCUUGGUCCUCUGAAGACACUGCCUCCUUCUCUUCCUUCCCUGGCGUUCUGCCCAGUCAAAGGCUUGCAGGUCUCUCUCUCUCGAUCUCUCGCCCGGCUCCGGGAUAUAGCUGUCUAUGGCCAGUGUUCACUCAAUGACAGCUCACCUAGUAAACUGGGCCGCAAUGAUAGAUGAUAGGUACUGCCUGGACUCUGCAGUGCUGUCUGGCGACAGUCUGUUCCAUAUUCAACAAGCACUUGUCUUGUUUGUCUGUUCGCUUGGAAUCGGUUCUCUUCUGACCUGGAUCUCUGCUUGGAUCACCAGGCCUAGUCACUGGAGGUGGAACCAUUGAUCAAUGUGCCUCGUUUGUACUGCUCCCAAUACUAUGGAGCACUGCUGACCGACAGAACCACAGAUCUAGUAUCCAGUGUGGAGUUGGAUCAUUCAUUGUUCCUCCCACUUGGAAUKUUCAUUAAAUCUCCAUGGAAAUAAAAUUCUGCUGUGGCACCAAGCCCUUUUUUCUUAAAUCUUUACAGAGGAUUCUGCCUAACCAUGUAUGUUGUGUUACAAAAUAUGAAUGUGAUUGUCAUUUUACCAUGACUUUGUUUCCCCAAAAUUCUGCAUCAGGUCUGCUAGAAUUGAGAGUAAAGAUCACAUGGUUUUCACUCUCUGUUUUCCUCUAAACAUUUCAUGCUGAAGUUGAUCAAUCAUUUUUUUUCUGUAUGAAAAAAAGGAGCAAUGUGAAUUUUUGCGUAUUUGUCAAAUUUCAAUAAUCAAGAAAGCUUAUUAGAGUCACAUAAAAAUGAAAACCUCUUUUGGUCAAAUAGGAAUACUGUUUUUUUCAUGAUGUCAGCUAAUCAUACACAUUAAAAGGGAAAUAUGUAUCAUGCAGUAUGUAUUUAUUUGAAAUCAUGCCCUGGUCCAAGGAGGUAUUUCUUAUGGAGUGAUGAAAGGAAUAUUUGUUAAAUACUGUAACAUUUCAGUAGAGUCUGCACCUGUUUGUCUGACCCUGGUCUAAUGCUGACACUCACAUGGCAGACUCGACCCAGCAAACCAAAAUUGGUUCUGUGAAAGUUCCAAGAACAUUCGUUAGGUUGCGGCAAAUAUUUUGUGCUGACAGUUGUGCUGAUGAUUAUACGAUGUUUGA